UCCUUGGGAUUGUAAAGUCCUUGGAAACAAAGAUACCGGAUCUGAGGAAAUCGUUAUAAGCUACCUCUUUAUUUUUCCGCAUUCGUCUGACAUAGGCUCUAAUAUAAUUGGUUGAUGUUGCUUUGACGUAGGCAAAUGAUCCACUUUGAUUUGUUCAAUGAAUGACAGACACCGGAUAUAGCUAUACUAUCGCUCAACGCCUAUUUUUUUUUUUUCUGUCUGUGCCGUUACUAUAGCCAAGUCCUAAAGUCAAGUGCUGAUGGAGGCCCCACUGCCCCCCCGGGAGUCUGGCCGGUUUGUGGUGGAACACAGUCAGGAUGUGUUUGUGGAGGAGGAGGGCGUGCGGAGGGUAGCGGAGAUGCUCUAUGCCCUGCGUAAGAGCGAGGAGCUCACAGCCAGUGGGUGGAAGAAGGCCAACCCCUUGGCCCCCUCCCCAAACUCUGAUCAUGCCCUGAACUGGGUGUUUGUAGUCGACACAAUGAACUUCUCCUUCUGGCCCGAACAGGAGGACCAGCAGUGUGAGGUGACGUACCGUGGGACCACCUACUACGGUUACAUGACCCUCUGUGCUGCCAUCACCAGAGCAAUGGAAGACGGUAUUCCCAUCACAGAACCGUCCUAUUUCUCCCAGAUGAGUGUUGAGGAGCUUGGCCGUGUCUUGCGCUCUGAUAACAACACGCCCAUGCCCAUGCUCGAGGAGCGUCACCAGGUCCUCACAGAGGGGGGACGUGUGCUCCUGCAGCACGGCGGGAGCUUCCGGAGCUUCAUAAGCCCUGCCGGUAGAGAUGCUCAGAAGAUGGUGGAGCUCAUUGUAGACAACCUGCCCUCAUACAGGGACGAGGCCACAUACAAGGGAAAGAGGAUUUCACUCUACAAGCGAGCUCAGAUUCUGGUGGCUGAUUUUUGGGGCAUCAUGGAAGCCAGGGUAGAGGGGGACAUGCCAAACCUGGACUUCCUCACCAUGUUUGCUGACUACAGAGUACCACAGGCCCUGGUCCACCUGGGGGCACUACGCUACUCAGACACCCUGAUGGAGACAUUGAGGAACGGUGAGUUGCUCAGCUCAGGCGACAGGAGAGAGGUGGAGAUUCGUGGCUGCUCUAUCUGGUGUGUGGAGAAGAUCAAGGCACACCUGUGGAGUCUGGUUGAAGAGCGAGAUGACCAAAGCUGCAAUAUCAACUCUGCCAUCAUUGACUUUUAUCUCUGGCCUUAUGCCAAACAGCACCAUAAAGAGAUGGCCCACAUUCCCAUACACCACACACGCUGCAUAUAUUAUUGACAGGCCUACACAAAGAAACUAUUUUUGUGAAUCAAAAAAAUUAAAAUUAAAAAUGAUGUCCGGUCCUUAUUGUUUAACUUUAUGCAAAGAACUUUGGCUUUGGAUCUCUGGCUGGGGAUGAUCAUAGGCUUAGGAAGACCACCAAAAAUUCUGAAAUCUCCAUCCCUAACUACAACAUUUUCAGACAAGAUAGAACGGCCAAAGGGGGCGGUGUUGCAAUCUACUGCAAAGAUAGCCUGCAGAGUUCUGUCCUACUAUCCAGGUCUUUACCCAAGCAGUUUGAACUUCUACUUUUAAAAAUCCACCUCUCUAAAAACAAGUCUCUCACCGUUGCUGCCUGCUAUAGACCACCCUCUGCCCCCAGCUGUGCUCUGGACACCAAAUGUGAACUGAUUGCCCCCCAUCUAUCUUCAGAGCUCGUGCUGCUAGGUGACCUAAACUGGAACAUGCUCAACACCCCACUCCUACAAUCUAAGCUUGAUGCCCUCAAUCUCACACAAAUUAUCAAUGAACCUACCAGGUACCACCCCAAAGCCGUAAACACGGGCACCCUCCAUAUUUAUCAUCCUAACCAACUUGCCCUCUAAAUACACCUCUGCUGUUUUCAACCAAGAUCUCAGCGAUCACUGCCUCAUUGCCUGCAUCCGUAAUGGGUCAGCGGUCAAACGACCUUCACUCAUCACUGUCAAACGCUCCCUGAAACACUUCAGCGAGCAGGCCUUUUUAGUCGACCUGGCCGGGGUAUCCUGGAAGGAUAUUGAUCUCAUCCCGUCAGUAGAGGAUGCCUGGUUAUUUAAAAAAAUGCCUUCCUCACCAUCUUAAAUAAGCAUGCUCCAUUCAAAAAAUGUAGAACCAGGAACAGAUAUAGCCCUUGAUUCUCUCCAGACCUGACUGCCCUUAACCAACACAAAAACAUCCUAUGGUGUUCUGUAUUAGCAUCGAACAGCCCCCGUGAUAUGCAACUUUUCAGGGAAGCUAGAAACCAAUAUACACAGGCAAUUAGAAAAGCCAAGGCUAGCUUUUUCAAGCAGUAAUUUGCUUCCUGCAACACCAGCUCAAAAAAGUUCUGGGACACUGUAAAGUCCAUGGAGAAUAAGAACACCUCGUCCCAGCUGCCCACUGCACUGAGGAUAGGAAACACUGUCACCACCGAUAAAUCCACUAUAAUUGAGAAUUUCAAUAAGCAUUUUUCUACGGCUGGCCAUGCUUUCCACCUGGCUACCCCUACCCCGGUCAACAGCACUGCACCCCCCACAGCAACUCGCCCAAGCCUUCCCCAUUUCUCCUCCCAAAUCCAGUCAGCUGAUGUUCUGAAAGAGCUGGACCCCUACAAAUCAGCCGGGCUAGACAAUCUGGACCUUUUCUUUCUAAAAUGAUCUGCCGAAAUUGUUGCAACUCCUAUUAUUAGCCUUUUCAACCUCUUUUUCGUGUCGUCUGAGAUUCCCAAAGAUUGGAAAGCAGCUGCGGUCAUCCUCCUCUUCAAAGGGGGGGACACUCUUGACCCAAACUGCUACAGACCUAUAUAUAUCCUACUCUGCCUUUCUAAGUUCUUCGAAUGCCAAGACAACAAACAGAUUACCGACCAUUUCGAAUCCCACCAUACCUUCUCCGCUAUGCAAUCUGGUUUCAGAGCUGGUCAUGGGUGCAUCUCAGCCACGCUCAAGGUCCUAAACGAUAUCCUAACUGCCAUGGAUAAGAAACAAUACUGUGCAGCCGUAGUCAUUGACCUGGCCAAGGCUUUCGACUCUGUCAAUCACCACAUCCUCAUCGGCAGACUCGAUAGCCUUGGUUUCUCAAAUGAUUGCCUCGCCUGGUUCACCAACUACUUCACUGAUAGAGUUCAGUGUGUCAAAUCGGAGGGCCUGUUGUCCGGGCCUCUGGCAGUCUCUAUGGGGGUGCCACAGGGUUCAAUUCUUGGGCUGACUCUCUUCUCUGUAUACAUCAAUGAUGUCGCUCUUGCUGCUGGUGAGUCUCUGAUCCACCUCUACGCAGACGACACCAUUCUGUAUACUUCUGGCCCUUCUUUGGACACUGUUAACAACCCUCCAGACGAGCUUCAAUGCCAUACAACACUUCUUCCGUGGCCUCCAAUUGCUCUUAAAUACAAGUAAAACUAAAUGUAUGCUCUUCAACCGAUCGCUACCUGCACCUGCCCGCCCGUCCAACAUCACUACUCUGGACGGUUCUGACUUAGAAUAUGUGGACAACUACAAAUACCUAGGUGUCUGGUUAGAUUGUAAACUCUCCUUCUAGACUCACAUCAAACAUCUCCAAUCCAAAGUUAAAUCUAGAAUUUUCUUCCUAUUUCGCAACAAAGCAUCAUUCACUCAUGCUGCCAAACAUACCCUUGUAAAACUGACCAUCUUACCGAUCCUCGACUUCGGGGAUGUCAUUUAGAAAAUAGCCUCCAAUACCCUACUCAAUAAAUUGGAUGUAGUCUAUCACAGUGCCAUCCGUUUAGUCACCAAAGCCCCAUAUACUACCCACCACUGCGACCUGUACGCUCUCGUUGGCUGGCCCUCGCUUCAUACUCGUAGCCAAACCCACUGGCUCCAGGUCAUCUACAAGACCCUGCUAGGUAAAGUCCUCCCUUAUCUCACCUCGCUAGUCACCAUAGCAGCACCCACAAGUAGCACGCGCUCCAGCAGGAAUAUCUCUCUGGUCACCCCCAAAACCAAUUCUUCCUUUGGCCGCCUCUCCUUCCAGUUCUCUGCUGCCAAUGACUGGAACGAACUAUAAAAAUCUCUGACACUGGAAACACUUAUCUCCCUCAUUAGCUUUUAGCACCAGCUGUCAGAGCAGCUCACAGAUCACGGCACCUGUACAUAGCCCAUCUAUAAUUUAGCCCAAACAACUACCUCUCGCCCUACUGUAUUUAUUUAUUUAUUUAGCUCCUUUGCACCCCAUUAUUUCUAUCUCUACUUUGCACAUUCUUCUAAUGCAAAUCUACCAUUCCAGUGUUUUACCUGCUAUAUUGUAUUUACUUCGCCACCAUGGCCUUUUUUUUGCCUUUACCUCCCUUAUAUCACCUCAUUUGCCCACAUUGUAUAUAGACUUAUUUUUCUACUGUAUUAUUGACUGUAUGUUUGUUUUACUCCACGUGUAACUCUGUGUUGUUGUAUGUGUCGAACUGCUUUGCUUUAUCUUGGCCAGGUCGCAAUUGUAAAUGAGAACUUGUUCUCAACUUGCCUACCUGGUUAAAUAAAGGGGAAAUAAAAUAAAUAAAAUACUAAGAAUAAAAUAUAACCAACAUUU